AUGGCGCCUAAGAAAAAAGUAGAACGCACAGCAGCCUCGUCUCGGCCAAAACGGACCCCCAAACCAACCACUGUUGCCACAUCUUCGGCUCCUGCUCCAAAGCCCAAGAAGAAGACGACUGCUAGCAAGAAAGCAGCAGCGACCAAAGUCACCAAGAAGACUGCUCCAAAGAAGGCUGCCACUAAGAAGUCUGCGCCUAAGAAGGCAGGAGCAAUCGCCAAAAAAGGUGCCCAGAAGGCAUCCACUGCAAAGUACGAGAAAUGGGUUAUCCCACCUUACGAAAACCCACAUGGUCCCGUUGAAGGCCAGAAGAGGAUUGACGCGAGAAAGAAAAAGGAAGCCGAGGCGUCAGAGAAAUACAAACACGAAAACAUUGGGUCUCGAUACACUCCAUCAGUGAUCAAGGAGCUGAAGAAAGACUACGAAGAAGGUGUUUCCAAGGGCGAGUGGGAAAAAAUGGGCUUCGACAACUUCCUCAAGACUUACAAGGGGUUUGACGCACAAGCCUGGGACAAGGCCCACGAGCGCAAGAUUGGCAAUAUCGAGGGUGACUAUACCAGCAAACAGGCCGACGCCAUGAUCAAAGAUAUGCAUGCCAGGCGGGAGAAAGGCGAGAUCCCUCACAUCCUCACCAUCACUGAUUACCUAUACUGGAAAGAAAUCGACAAGGAGCGAGCCAAAAUCAUUGCAAAGUACAAGGCCGACUACAAAAAAGAGCAAAAAAAGAAGCAGGGAAACGCCAGUGCUGUCAGUUCUCCAGUCAAGAAAGUGCAGAACAGCAUUGUUAAUGCGAGUCCAGUCAAGAAAGCCCAGGAUGCAUUGACGAGGAGUAGGUCCAAAAGUCCUGAGAAACAGAAGAAGAUUCGGAGUCAUGAUAGUGGUCAUCAGGCUGAUAAUGAACAGCAGAGUGUUAUGAGUAGGACUUGGGAGCUUGCUGCUAAUGCUGUCGAGGCUAUGAGGAGUGCGGUUAACCCGGAGUAG